AUGUACGCCGCUCAGAAUAUAACGCCAACAGUUUUGGAUGCCAUGAACGGAAAUGUUUCCGAAUGGUAUAACGAAUGCGACAAUGCCAUUAGAAGGUCAGAAAUAGUUCCUGGAACUUACGAAUAUACAACUGCUGUUUCUUAUGGAAAUGUAGGUGAGUUUGGUGAAGGUUCUUCAACAACAGUAGAUAUUGCUUGCGACAGGUUUCAUAUUAUUUCUAUUGACAACUCAUUCUUAUACGUGGAACAAGACAUUGAAAUAAAACCUUCUGCCAAGUUGUCUGACAAGAAAGGUUGCAAUGGAAUUUUCUAUGUCGGAUACCAAUAUGCUCCAGAAGUUUUCAUGGGAUAUAAGAUAUAUUCUAACUCUGACUUAGUUCAAACAGUAACAUGGGCAAACUAUGAAUGGUUCGCUUUGAGAAACUCAGUACAACCACAAGCUAGAGAACAAACAGACCAAUAUGCAACUAUUGAGAAAAUAAGAAGACUUGACCCUAACGUUCCAGGAGUUUAUGUUAACCUUUCUGGUUCAGAUGGAACUGCUGCCACUAAAGUAAAACUGAAACUUAGAGUUCCUUUGUCAUCUUUCCUCAUCUUCAGGUUUUUAAGAUACUUGCCAAACUGGGCAGGAAAAAUUUCUAUCGAACUUACUCCAAGCAAAAAUAACUUAGUCAUUGCACCAACACAAGACCCAUUCACUAUUACUGUAGCUGGAACUGGUGGAGCCAAGUUCUGUGACUUUUGCAAAGACAAAGUUGACUUAGACUUUGGUUUCUCAAACUUCAACACUGAAGUAAACUAUUAUUUCAAUGCUGCUGGAACUGCUUGGGACCCAGUUAAGUUCACAUGCGAAAAAUUUGAAUGCAAGAGAAUAGAAAGCAGACUUGCAGUCUAUAUGUUGGACCCAGAUAUUUCAAAUGCUUUAGCUGCCAAAUAUAUUGCAGUUCCACUUAUGUUCCCUAUACACCAAAUAUCUGUCAAAGACUUUGCAGGUGAAGUUGGAAACCAAAGUGCUGACCCAGGUGCAAGAACAGAUAUUGCCUUAACAA